AUGGCCAGCCGGACAGACGGACUGGACAGACGGACGGACCAGACUUUCAAGAAACCAGAUGUGACCAAGCACGCCCAUGUUUCAGAAAUCAAGGACCCCGCACGUCGUACCAAUAACAAUGACUAUGAUCCCCAGAUCUGCCGGCAUCUAGAUCAAGAUGAAAAGUUGCGACAUUUCGCAAUCGCCAUGACACUGAAGAGUCAUUGCACUUACCAUGAUCCCAAUGACAGGCCUGGAGAUGUUCCUGAGGAGGAGGAAGACGAGGGGGCAAUCGAUUGUGACAAGUGGGAACAGGACGAUCUGCGAACUGCACUUCUAGAAGAAAUGAACCACACCCAUGUCACCAUGAAUUACUUCAGCAAAGCAAGGCAAAUAGUGGCUGCAAGGGAUGAAGCUAUUUCUCACCCUCCUCGAACAUUUAUCGCUGGUGGUACUGCAAUCCACCUCAACUACAAUCCUUCUCACACCGGAGUUAGUGUUGAUGAUGUCGCCACUGAUUUCAACAUACUGGAUCUGCAUGUAGCACUUUCAGAAUUCUUGCUAUGUGACGUGAGGGAGAGAGGAGCAGUUUAUGAGGUGGGGGGUCCAAGAAGAAGGCCGUUGAUUGACGUCCUCCAAUCCUUCCAUUUGACCGUGUUCAACUAUGGUAUACUAUUCACCUUCAGCAAAUGUCUUUCCACAAUUCUGGCAUCAACAUCCUUUGUGUUAAAUUAUCUCCUUGCAACAGUCAUGACCUCCAUCCCUGAAGCAAGAUUACAUGGAUGA